AUGUGUCUAAUCGCUGUCCUGUCUGUUGCAGAAACCCUUCAGGAGAAAUUAAUUGACACAUCCAUUCUGGAUACCGAAACGAGCUCACAGGAAAUCGGUGAUGUUAAAGUUGGUGGUGGUGAAGGUGAUGGUGCAGAUCUUGCGGCACGCAUACGCGAGGAAGCCAUCAUUCUGGUGGAUAGCGUGCUCGAAGAGAGCGUUGAGAUCAUUGAGAGUCACGGCAUUGACCAGCAGCAUCAGGCCAAUGGCCACGAGUUCGUUAAGCAGGAGUACAAUUCGGAGAGUGAAAACUAUGCCAUCACAUGCGACGACAUUGAUGGCGUUGAUGUCAUCAAAUCGCCCACAAUCGAGUCCAUGUCGGGCAAGUCAUUCGACGAUAACAUGAGCUUCACCGACGAGCACAUACAUUUACCCUUGCAUGUCCAAAACAUAACCGCCACGACCACGACCACCACAGUAACCACUCAUCAAGAUCAAGUCGCAGAAGCAUCCGAGACCCGCACGAGACGCAUUGAGCGCAAGAUCGAGAAGCUAUCCACUGACAUGGACGAUGUUAGUGCAAAGUUCGAUGAGGCCUUCGAGUCGGCUGUGCACGAGGAUGAGAUCAGUGCCCUGCAGGCUGACUUUUCGAAGCUCAGCUGGGACGACAGCGUGUCGCCCACGACAAACACAAUGGCCGAUAUGGCCCUGAGCCAGAUAACACCCGACAAUGACAUACAAGAGCUAACCGCAGAAACAGGCGGCGAUUUACCAGUCUCAAGUGAAACCACUCCCGUACCACCGUCGGCCGUUGUGGCAGCCACAGUAACAGACAAAGAAACAGCAGAUGAGCCGGCGGUAGAAACCAAUACAAUACAAUCCACUACCACCAGCCACGACACACCCACACCAAAGCCACGAGUACUCAAAGCCAGCUCUCCAGUCUCCGAAGGCAUCGACAGCAUCCCCAGUCAAGUGCAAAAGUUCGAUCUGCCAAUCGAUCUAAGUUUUGAUGCCGCCGCACCUGUGCCGAAGCCCCGCGCUCCCAUCAAGCACACGGAACCGUUUGAGAAUCUGGCUGCCCUGGCCGAACAGUCGGACAGCAUUAGCCUGCGAAGCUUCGAGUUCACGGAGGACAUCUCCAAGACGGACGAACCCUCCACGGAGCUGUCCAUGCGUUCCCAGCUGCGUGAUGUGAUCACAACCACAACUGCCACCACCACUGCCUCGGAGGAUCACACGGAGAGCUUCGAGCCGACGAGCGAGAUAUCAGUGGACGAUGCUGAUACCGAGAAGUCGGAGGGUGCCGAGAAGACCACCAGCUUCUACAUAGGCGAAUCGAGUCGGAAUGUCAUCAUCAAGACCUCAACGAAGUCAGCGGGUGCCACACCGCAGGAAGAAGAGGCCGCCACGGACAUUGGCAUCGAUGCCAAGGAUAUAUCGCUGAUGAAGGAGGUGUCUGUGGACUCGGACGAGACCAAUGAUGUGUUCAAGGAGUACGUUACGAUGAAGCGUGACGAUGCUGAGGCCGUGGAUGGCAGCAAGAUAGUGCGGCAGGGUUCCGAGACCCGAAACGAUAUUUUAGAGUUUGAGAAUGCCGAGAAGGAGAAGGCUGGCGAACCAAUUCUCACCAAGGUGACCACAGAGGAGAGUCUGACCACCUCCACCGGCUCCAGUGGUCGCGCCAUCAUAGAGGUAGCGCCCUCGAGCAGCGAAGAUCCCGAUGAGUCCGGCAAGGAGAUUCCCGAAAUAGUAAACACAAUUUCCUGCACAGAGCGGUUUGAGCUGCCGCUGGAGAAGAGCGAGUGGGAGAUAUCCGAGAAGGAGAUUCCCAGUGCGGGCAAGCCAAAGGUGGUGCACUCGCCGCAGCAGCCACAAGUCACCAGCGGAACAGACAUCGUUGAUGAAGCCAUUCUCGAGCCACAGGACUCGCUAGAUUUAGCAAAGAGCGAGCAGAAAAGUGAUGCAAAAUACAUCGAAGAAGUAUCCCCAGCUGGUUAUGAGUUCGAGACAAUGCCCCACGCCUUUGCCACCGGUGCGGAGAGCGAUGAUAUAUCGUCCUUUAUCGGCAUUCCCGACAUGCAAACGUCAACAUUGGACAGCACACAGCCCCCCGAGGGCCUCUUUGAUACCACCAUCAGGGAGACCCUGAACAAGCAGGCGGCCAUGGCGCACUAUGCUCAAGAUGUGUUCGGGCGUCGUGACGAUCACGGAUCCCUAGGAUUCGUGUCCACUGGCACAGCCGAAGAACUCAGCUCGAUGGAGGAGCAUUUGGCAAAGGAAGAGCAGGCCUCCCUUGGGUUUAUAUCCACAGAGACAGCAGAGGACUUUAGUUCCAUGGAGGACUACUACACGGAAAAGUUGGCCACUGCCAGCUUGGUGGCAGAGGAGAUUGCUGCCGACAAGUCCAUCACCACCAGCAGCUUCGAGGAGGUGACAUCGGACCACUCCAUCAGGCCGAUCGAUGUGGUGGUUCAUCGGCUGAAGACCGAGUCAUCGCCGGACUCCACCAACCGCUGGUCCAUACCUGACGUGGACAAUUCCAGCUCCAGCGAGAGCUACCACAAAAGCUUCGACAAAACCCAGAGUCGACCUCUGUCCUCUGACAUGGACAUCCUGCUGACGGCCACUGGCACAGGCACCUCCAGCGAAUACCAGACAGCCCGAGACUCCACCUGCCGCGAGGCCACAGAGUACGUGAGCGCCGUGAGCACUCUGAACAGCAGCAGUGGCCAGACCAUUAGCUCCCACGAGAGCAUGCGCAGCUUCGACUCUCAGUCAGAGACUUCAGCCAAUCUGGCCAGCAUCGAUGUGUCCGAGUUAUCGGAGACACUGGUGGCCUCCUCGGCGGAGGCAGAUCCCUUCGAGUCGGAGGAAAUGUCCCGCCUGCGCGACCUGCGUGCCGAUGAUGAUGACAGCGAUGAGAGCGUGGAACUGCCAGGCUCCUCGUAUCCCACGAACGAGCAGCAGAGCUUGAUGAAGCGUUCGCAGGAGAUGAUUUUCAAGCCCAAGACAGAGACGGAUGAGCAGCCGGCCAUCGAUGCAAUCCAAAUCGAAGAGUAUCCCAAGCCCAAAGAGGCCGAACGCACCUGGGGCCUGGCCUAUCCAAUGGACGACAGCAAGGCCGACAGUCCCCGUGAGAGCGAGAGGGCCGAGGACAUUUUGCUGUAUCACGGCGAUCCCAGGCGAUCCAUUGACGACUCCAAGCUGGCCUCCAGCCUGGACGAGGGCAGCAUUCUGUCGGUCAGCAUGUCCAGCACGUCCAACAUUGACACCGUUGUGGAGAACUUUGAUGACAUUGUCGGAUCGGCAGGCUCGUCCUCGCUCACCGGCAUCGAGGGCUUCCAGUAUGGACACGACGAUCCAAUGACCUCUGCCUCCGUGCCGGAGGAUGCCACAUUCGUGCUGGAGAUGGAGAGCAAGGAGCACUCCCCACAGGACUCGAAUGCCAGUACGCCACCGGGCGGAGAGUCGAAGCGGAGAGGCCACAAGCGCAACGAGAGCAUCUCUGGCGAUGCAUUGAAGAACCUGGACAAGGAGGUGGCCCUGCUGGGCGAGGGCAAGGAGUCGGAGAGUGAGUCGGACACAGAUCCCUACGAGUCGGAGUAUGCGCGCCAAUUCCGCUCGCCCAAGGAGCGCAAGAGCAAGAAAAAGAAGCAGGCAGCUGCCGAGAUGGACCACAGUUCGGAGCUGGAGAAGCGUCCGUUCACGCCGUCCCAGCUGGUGGCAGAGAUCAUUGUGGAGGACGCGACCGAAGAGUUGGAGGCCGAGGCAGCCAUGAUCGAGGAGCGUCGUCCCUCCCAGAAUAUGCAGGACUACUCGAAAAUACCCGACAUCAUGGUAACGGAGGAUGUAAAGUCACCGAUUUUGGAGGAGGAAACCGACGACUUCCCCGGGAAGUCGCUAUACAAAGUGCGCACCGAGGAGGAGCUGCACAAGGCCAGCGAUACUUCUGUGUACGAGAAGGCCAAGGCCGAAGAGAAGGAGCAGGACUUUCAGCGCCGAGUCCAGGAGCAGUACAGGCAGAAGCUGGAGGAGCUAAAGCGUGCGGAAGUCGGGGCGGAGUACGAUGAUCACAAGGCACCCGAUUCGCCAGACUCCUUUGAAAUGGUCGAGCAACCGGACAUAUCGGACGAGUUCGUCAUCAUUGAGGAGGUGGCCAAGGAGGCCAACGAAGUGGAUCUCGGCGGCAAGAGCAUCAAGAUAGCUCCGAUUAAGUACGAGCAGAAGCACGACUCUGACGUUGAGAAGAUCAUCAUCAAGUCAGCGCCAGCGGACCCCAAGCUGGGCUCCCAGCUGUACAAGGAUGAUCUGAACUUUGAGUUUGAGGAGACCAACAAGCGGUGGGUGGAGAUGCAGCUGACGGACAACCAGCUGCGUUAUCCCUACGACCUCACUGGCGCCGUGCUGGAGGACAUCAAGGAGGAGGAUGGGGAGUUCGAGGUCGGCAGCAGUCGCAUCAGCAGCUUCAAGGACUCCUUCUCGAGCACACCAGAGUACGAUGUGAUGGCCGCGCGACGGUACCACUCCCGCGGCGAGCACGACGAUGUGUCCAUGAGCAGUCUGCAGGAGUUCGAGUCCCUGGAGCAGGCCAUUUCGUUGGAGAAUCGCAACCGCACCCACCAGGGCUCCACGGACUCGAGCAACGGCAGCUUCACACGUCGCUACGUGGUCCGACACAGUGGAAGUGGAACUGCGCCCGGCGACGAUGUCUCCAUAUCCAGUCUGAAGGAGUUCGAGGGUCUGGAGAAUGCCUGCAUCGAAGCCCAUCUCACUGAGAUCAAGGCCAGGGAGGAGGCGGCGCUGCUCUCGCGCUCCGACGAGUCCAACAAGUCGAACGGCAGCGACAAAGGAGCCGCUGGCAACAUGGUGGUAACCAAGGUGACCCGCACACCGGAGCGGGAGCGGGAGGAGGGUGACAGCAAGCCGGCACCGGCAAGCGGCACGGAACUGGAUGCCAAGUCUAAGAUCGAUAGCCAGGACUCCGAAAAGGACAGCAUUGAUAGCAUGGAGAUCAGCAAGAGCCACGACAUGAUGACCAGCAGCAUCGAGAGCUUCGACAUCUCAAAGGAUGCCACGACGCGAUCCGACAUUGAUUCCCUGGAGAUCGAUAAACGCCACUCGCGCCAGGAGAGCAUCGAGUCGUUCGGGGACGAGCAACUGGAUCUCAUGACCAAGUUUGUCAGCGGCGGAGGAGUCACACUGGGAGAUGGUCUCACGACCACCACUACAACCACCACUACCAGCACUGAUGCCGAUGGGCAUGAGCACACCGUGACGCGGGUGAUAACCACAACGACUGUAGGCGGCGGCGGAGUACAGGAACUGCCUCUGGAUGAGAGCGGCAUGUCGAAGGACGUGUCCAUCGACUCCCUGAACCUGUGCGUGGAGCAGACAACCAGCUCGGCUGGCACCACGGCGACGUAUCAGACCAGCGCGGGCAACUCUCAAAUGUCCGGCAGCAUCACGAGCUGUGCCUCCAGCACGCUGAUGGAGGACUCGUUCCCUGGUGUGGGUGGCAUGUCGUCGUCGCAAAUGUCUGCUAGUUUCUGGUCUCACGACGAGUCCACGGUGGUCGAGGAUGAGGGCGACCAAGUGAAGAAGCAGCAGCAGGGCCAACAAGGUGCACUUCUAGAGGAAAUACCGAUGAAGUACUCCCUGGAAGGAUAG